UGAAGCCGUCGUCUUUUUCUGUAUUUAUACAGAAAGGAAUAAAAGACAACCAUCUAAACACAUUUAAAUCAAUAUGUUCUAACACGCUACAAUUGCACAAACAUUUAGAUCAGGUUUUAAAACGAUAGUGUUGUCUUUUCUAAAAAUCCCCCCCAUAACUGCAUCAGAAUGGUUUAGCCCAGAUUCAAACUUGAUGUUGUGCUCUAUUGCUUUUAACGGCAGGUAGAUGUUACCUAGCGUUAUGUACGUGUGUUUUUCAUCAGCAUCUUCUAAAGUCUUCAUAAAUUCCCGAAAUAACAACAACCGACUGUUGCUGAAAUGCCAAAUCAAAGAGAUGAGACCGCUGAUGAUUCCCCUGCUGACCUUCCCUGUCUGGAAAAACUUGACUCUCCUACGGGGAGCCCACCCACUGCCUCAUUAUCCAGGCUGAUGGAGCUGGAAAAUUGUGUUUCCAACCUGAGCCUUGCACAUGAGAUAGUGGUGAACCGAGACUUCUGCUUCAAACCCAAGAGCCCUACUACAGACAGCCUGGAGGGCAGAGUGACAGAGAUUGUUCACCGGGCGUUUUGGGACAAUCUUCAAGAGCAGCUGAACAGUGAUCCUCCAAACUACAGCCAUGCUGUCAUUCUGCUCCAGGAAGUCAAGACUAUGCUUCAGUCCCUGCUGCUGCCUGGUCACGUCAGACUGAGAUCUCAGCUGGACGAGGUGCUGGACAUGGAGCUGAUCCAGCAGGAGGUCGAUCACGGAGCUCUGGAUCUCCACAGAUUGGCAGGAUACAUCGUCAACACCAUGGCAUCUUUAUGUGCACCUGUGCGUGACUCAGAGGUCAGGGCACUGAGGGACCUCGAGGGCCCUGUGGAGCUACUGAGGGAAAUCUUCCGUGUCUUGGGCCUGAUGAAGACCGACAUGGUUAACUUCACCCUCCAGAGCCUGAGGCCUCACCUCCUGCAGCAGGCCGUGCAGUACGAGAGGGCCAAAUUCCAGCAGAUUCUGGACAAGCAGCCAGCUACUCAUAGAUUGGGUGAAGAGCUGGACAGCCAAUCAGUAAACUCUAUUCUGGCUAAGUACAGCUGGCAAAUCAGGGUCAUUGGCAGAGUGACAGGGCCCUUGGUGCUGACACAGUCAGCUUCUCUGGACAAUACCACAGCUUGGCUUCAGGCAGCAGCGUCAGAGGAGGAGUCGGCCAGUAGAGCCCAGUCGGAGUCUCCCAGUCCUGACAGCCGAGGUCCUGUUAGCGCCAACGCUGUACUAAACCGGGCCUACAUGCGUCUGUUAUUCUGGGACCCGCAGGACCAGAAAUAUCCUGAGACUGCGUUGAUGGACCGAGCCCGUCUGGAGGCUCUGGGCCAGCGGCUCCAGCUACUGGUCCUGGAGGCAUCGGUGCUGCUUCUGAUCAAUGCUCAGUGUGGAGGCGCCAUUUUCUCCCUGCAGGGGUUUGUAGGUAAACUCAGGCAGUCCGUCGCUGCCCUGCUGGAGGGCAGUCACACCAGGGAAGCUGACCUGAAAGGUGCGCUGCUGGGUCUCGGGGAGACAGUACUGCAGCAGGUGAAUGAAACUCUGAGCGGCCAGGGAGGAGCAGCGCUGCCUCAGGAGAGCCUGGAUCUGCUGAAAGGACAAAUAUCCGAGCUGUGGAAGCACAACAACCCUGUCCGCACGCUCAUAGGAGGAAGGGUACGGGGCUUCCUCCAGGCCUUGCUGCAGGGCGGCCCCGCUAAAAGGAGUCCAGAGCUGCCCUCUCCCCUCAGGCUGGUGAGUGCUGAGCUAGCCGACAUGGGGAUGGCCUUUGGGCAAGUCGUACACUUCAACCGAACAGUCUUUGGCCCCUUCUACGCACCCAUCCUCAGGAAACUGCUGUUCCCACCAGGAGAGGCUGAGACCGGGGAGGACUCACGCUAGGCUGGGGCGACCCAGACAACCUCCAGUGACCUUAAAAUAAGCUGCCAUUUGCAUUAAAUGUGUAGCUAUAGAUAGUGUGAAUACAGUGAAUGAAUGUUUGAGGGAAAGACAUUUACAGUCUGCGGGGGGGAAAAAUGUUGUAUAUUAUAUUUUUUACAAAAAAGUCUAAAUCAAAGCCUGAGGCAGGUGCUGAAUUAUUAUUCCAUUAAUGCAUAUUACGCACACAUUUGAGUGCACAAAACAUCAGGACACCUAAUAGAUUGUGUGAAACAAAAUGAGUAAUAGUUUUUACUUGGACAAGAGUAACAAAUAGUUUGCAGUGUGUUAAUAACAAGAGACUGAUUGUGAUUCUGAAAUGUUUAGAGGAGAGCAGUUGCUGGAAAACACAUUUUUUGGUUUUCACUCAGUUUACUUUGUCUCAAGAUAAACACCCUCAGGAAAAAAAAAAAAAGUACCAAAGAUUAUCCUAAUAGUUUGUAAAU